CGCACGCGGGGCAGCUCUCAGACGCCGGUUGAGAUAGAGACGCAUCCGUUAUCAGCUGCAGCCGUUGGUAUUAGCACCCCUGCUCGCCGGUUCACCGGGCGGUUUACACUGUGAGUCGGUCCACGCUCGGGAGAAGAUGUCUAACCUCAACUGGAAGCCCUUUGUUUUCGGCGGGCUGGCUUCCGUGACGGCGGAAUGCGGGACCUUCCCUAUCGACCUAACAAAGACGCGUCUUCAAGUUCAAGGCCAAGUAGGCGACAGUAAAUACCGAGAGAUCCGGUACCGAGGCAUGCUCCAUGCCAUGGUGAGGAUAGUAAGAGAGGAGGGGCUCCGGGCGCUCUAUUCAGGAAUUGCUCCUGCUAUGCUGCGCCAGGCCUCCUAUGGGACCAUAAAAAUUGGCACAUACCAAACCUUUAAGCGGCUGCUGGUUGACAGACCAGAGGAUGAAACAUUGCUGACUAAUGUGAUGUGUGGCGUUCUCUCCGGAGUCAUCUCCUCCUCCAUCGCCAACCCCACUGACGUGCUGAAGAUUCGCAUGCAGGCUCAGGGAAAUGUGAUCCAAGGCAGUAUGAUGGGCAACUUCAUUAACAUCUACCAGCAGGAGGGAACAAGAGGACUGUGGAAGGGCGUCUCUCUAACAGCACAGCGGGCGGCCAUCGUGGUCGGAGUGGAGCUACCGGUCUAUGACAUCACCAAGAAGCAUCUGAUCAUGUCGGGUCACAUGGGGGAUAACGUGUACACACACUUUGUGUCCAGCUUUGCGUGUGGUCUGGCGGGGGCUUUGGCCUCCAACCCAGUGGACGUAGUCCGGACACGCAUGAUGAACCAGAAGGGAGGAGCUCUGUACCAGGGAACACUGGAUUGUUUACUGCAGACUUGGCGCUCCGAGGGCUUCAUGGCCCUCUACAAGGGUUUCUUUCCCAACUGGCUCCGUCUGGGCCCGUGGAACAUCAUUUUCUUCCUCACAUAUGAACAGCUGAAGAAACUCGACGUGUGACCGACGGGACGAGACGGGGGAAGGAGAGACGAGUAUGUGCUCACGCUCCGAGACGAGCUGAGGGGACCAAAAAUGGCUGGAUGGUGAUGGAUCCUUGAUGGACCCACUGAACGGUUGAGAGAGUAAGCCCAUGUAUGAGGGGCGGUGUGAGAAUUUGCCAGGUUCCGGUUUGGGCUACGUGUCUCCUGCAGCCUGUGGCAAGUGUGGAAGGCUCUCAUAUCUGAUGUUUUAGCUCAUCCAUGUGUUAUGUUAAGCUUAGCCACUCAUUUGAAUUUGAUAAUGGCCUCUUUGGCCUCAUGUCACCUUAUUUAUUGUCUGGAAAGAACAGUCCAAGACAUCUAUUUUUUCCAGCCAGAAACUGCUUUAAAACCGGCUGUAAUGUCACAGGGGGUUUUCAGUCUCCCACACUUAAAAGUGGUCUCCACAUUAAGUGCCUUAGUCUGUGAUGCUGUCUGUCUGAGUUACAUAAGGACAGAGAAUGUCAGAUAGCAGCUGGCAAUCGCAGUGAUCAUUCCCUUUUGGAGAGAAAAGUGUUUGUGUGCAUGCAUGAGUCGACAAACUUGGAGUGGGAUGUGGUGUUUUUUGUUUUUCUAUAUUUCUAAAUUGAGAGUUGGGUGUGUGGAAAGGUGAAAUUAUUUAUUAUUCUAAGAGUCUCCCUGGAGUUGAGAGCCAAGAAUACAUCAUGCUGUAAUGUAGUAAAUAACAUUCAUAUAAACAGCCUGAAGGCCAGUGUGACUGUUCAGACAGGACACACACACACACACACACUCUGAUCACAUGCCCAUAUGUGGUGAGACGAGUGGUCCCUCAUGCCAGUGAGUGCAGGCAGUAAAUAUAACCGGGGGCAGCUGGGGGUUGACUCCCUGGGUUCUUGUUAUCAUAUACUCUGUACUAAAGUUAUUAUAACACGGAUGUUAUGUAAGCCCACAUAUGCUUAGAGCCCGACCGAUAUGCACAAGACCAACACCGAUUUCAGAGGGGAAAGAUUCACAGAUUACCAAUAUGGCAGCUGAAACUGUGAAUAUUUUGAGUUGGAAUGAAAAUGCAUAAUUUCUAUGUGGAUUGUCCAGCGAGUAUGCACAGAUUUGACUAUGCAAAGGCAGCCAGAAGACUGUAAACAAAUAAAUUAUGAAAGAAUAUUUAACAUUGUUAAUUAUAUAUACAGCGUAUUGCAUCAGCCAAUUCUAGACAUUAAAACUGAGAAAACAAAGAAUAAGUCAAAAUAAAAUGAAUAGCUAAACAUGACAAAAUGACCACAUAAAGAAACAUAAAAUGACUACAAAGAGAGAGACAAAAAAAGCGAUAACUACAAAGACAUGCUAAACCACUGCAAAGAGACUGACUGAAAAUGGGCAAAACAACCACAGGGGACACGAAAGAGACCCAAAAUGACUACAAAAAGAUGGAAAAAGGACUACAAAGAGUUACAAAAUGACUACAAAAAGAUAAAAAAUGAUGAAAAAGUACUACAAAGAGAUACAAAAUGCCUUUUAAAGAGACACAAGGCAUCUACAAAGACAAAAUAAACCAAGAGCCAAAACCACAGACAUAAGAAUAAAAUAUAACAAAUGCCUAUAAUUUUGAAAUCACUUUAAGCAUCAUUUUAUGCAUUGCAUGUUAUGUGAAAAUGAUUUCAUAUCGGUGCAUAUCGGACAACACCAACUGACAGGUCGGGCUCUACAUAUGAUCUCCCACACAUCUUUAGGUUCAGACCACUGAGACGGGUCAGAGCAUCCAAUGUGCAUCAUUUGAUGUAAUCGCUCAAAGCCACUUAAAACCACCACACGAUUUACAGCUAAACCCAGACUGUAUUUGCACGCUGUUUGCUUAUCUGUGGCUUUUGUUGUAAAGAUUGAAUAUGCUGCUGUGCUGCUGGCUGUCGCGUGUGAGCUGCCAUCGCUGCCAAAGUGUAACUUUUGAUGUUGGUGUAAAACACGGCUGUGGCCCUGUAUAUUUAAAAUAAAAGAGAAAAACCCAGUA